AUGAAGGCCGUGAUCUGGCUGGUGGUCGCCACUGCCGUCCUCGUCAGCGGAGCCCAGGCCCAGGCGGACUGCAAUGUCAAGACCUGCGAACCUUGUAUCGAAGUCAACGGGUGCCAGUGGUGCGGGACGUACUCGCAUGGCAGCUGCAUGGCAUGGGGCCUCGGCGGGUGCCCCAAGAACGACGACAGAAUCACAAGAAUGGGCGACUCGUGCCCGGCACGGCCCGAGGAGGUUCUCCUCCCGGUCCUCGGCAUCUACUUUGCGCUGACUGUGGUGGCCAUUGGCCAGCACCUGGCGGAAAUGCGCUGGGAUCGUAUCCCGUACAACGCCUGGUCCGAUCUCGACGACUACUCGCAUCUGCGGGCCAAGGACAAGCUGCUCGUUGCCCAGUUUGCCGACGAGACUGUGUUGUAUGCAGACUACCAGCGCAAGCUCGGCAGGCACAAGUCGUUCCUCCUCCUGCUUGCCCUCCUCUCGGGUGCCGUCCUCUACGCCAUCUUCUAUCAGGAGCGCAUGGGCUCGUCGGCUUGGGUGACCACCCUCGGCUUUGCUAGCGCCACCGUCAUCCUCCUCGUGCUGAAGGCGGCGGCCAAGACGAACCUGUACAUUCUGACUGGCGAGCAAGCGGUAAUUGUUAGCCCCAAGUAUGCUUCGGCCUUUGGACACAGCAUCAAGUUCUUCCUCCCGCACCAGAUGCACGAGAUCCUGCUCCGUCGCCGCGGCCGCGGCGUCGGCUCGGUCUGGUUCUCGACUGAGGAGAUGCACUCGACGGCGUAUGAUGAGGUGGGUGUCCGUGCCCGCACCUCUUCGGCUGAAGACCGCGACGACAUCCACCUCGGCUUCAAUGACAUCCUCCGCGCCGAGGAGGUGUGGGAGCUCGUCGCCCAGUGGCGCGCCCGCUCGCUCGGCUCGUCACCGCCGUCGGACAUUGUUGAGGCGCCCGUGUCGCGCACCACCCUUGCUGACAAGAUCCAGAAGGCCGUCAUCUUUGUCGUUCUUGCCGUUUUUUGCGCUCUCUUUGCCAUUGUCUCACUCCAGUCGGACGAUAACGGCGCCCGCAUGUGGUACGUCUGGGUUUCUAUCCCCUACGGCCUCAUCUGGGGCACAUGCGGCCUCCUCUACCUAUACGACCGCUAUCGCGAGUACAAACGGUCUGCCGGCGGUUUUGUCCGUCUCAACCAGAUGUCUGGCGCCGGCGCCGACUUUGCCUUUGCCGCCGGCGCUGCAUCUUCGUCGGGCUCCGAAGUCGAGCUCAUCGCCGCAGGCGUCGGGCCCAACUCUCCGGCUCUUGCCCGCUCCGAUGAUUCAUCAGAAUCGGUCGACCUCCUCGCGUAGUUGCCUCUUGCCGCGCACGUUGAACCCUGUCCGCCAUCGUUGGUCACGCUUCCUCAAUCGAGCUCUCCCAUGCCCGAGUCCUCUCCUCCCGCGUCCGUUGUUUUUUCCCGCCCGGCCACCCACAUGUCCUCUCCUCCCUUCCCCUCCCUCUAUCUCCGCACUGUACCUUCUACUCUCAUCGCUCACCACCUGAUGGUGCUUCCCAGCUCGACAGGCCUCUGCC